AUGAAAGAAAGAAAGAGGGGAUGUUCCUUAUCUUUAGCCUUUAUCUUCCUGUGCAUCUGGAUCAUCGGACAUGCAACUGCUGACUCGGAUGACGAGAAAGAGGAGGAUGUUCCAGGUGCUGCUUUACCACCACUGAAACUGGGGCAUUCGAUUUGUGCCCUGAAAGCAGACGAAGGCCCAUGCAAAGCAAUCCACAUGCGCUAUUAUUUCAACCUGCAAAGCCGCGAGUGUGAAAUAUUUGAAUACGGUGGAUGCUACGGCAAUGAGAACAACUUCCUCACACUGGAAGAAUGUCAAGAGACGUGUGUGGUAACAGGUGGAGUGUGUCUGUGUCGAGAGGGAAGUGAUGACUAUAGAGAGAGACCGAGGGGCAAAACAACGCUAGGAAGACAGUUCCAGAAUAGCCAGCUCGUUGAAGCUGAGUG